AUGGCUAAUACUUUCAAGUAUUAUCCUGAAACGAUGGGUAAUUCUAGUGGCUAUCCAAUAAAUUUACCUUUCCCGAAAGGUUCUGCUGCUUCCACUGUUAAUGUUGCCAGGCAACCACCUAAAUAUCUAGGUCAUGUUCCCUCACAGUCAGUUCAUACUCAGUUGCCAUCCAUGGCUUCUUUAGGUUACUUUAAUCAGCCAAGCUCUACUUACUACGCUCCUCCUGCACCACUUCAACUGCACCAGCAACCACCUAUCCUUCCUCCUCCGGGCUUAAUGUACACUAGUAACAAUAACAACGUUAUUCCCCCCCCUGUCCGAAUGAUUCGAGACGGUCAACAACAACUACAACAACAACAACAACAGCAAUCUAACCAAGUAAAUGGGGGCGUUAGUGAGAACUUGGACUACGAUAUUUCUAUAAUGUCAAAAUUCAUUAUGGAAAAUGCCUUUAUUGCUUUCAACGCCAACUAUAGUACCGAUGACCAGACCACUGAUCUAUUUUUCAAGGGUAUAUCUUCUGUAUUGAAUGCAACGAGAUUGCCUUCAGCUACUAUUUUUUUGGCUAUCGAUUAUCUUUUCAAGUAUAUCAAUAAAUUAGCUAAUGGAAUACAUUCAAUUGGUGGUAAUUCAAUCAAUAUCAUUUAUCAAAACACUAUGAUUGCAUUUAUAUUGGCAAACAAGUUCAACGAUGAUAAAACUUUCACCAAUAGCUCGUGGUCACAGGCAACAGGGAUACUGAUAACCAUUAUUAAUGAUUUUGAGAGACAAUGGUUAAGAAUAUUCAAUUGGGAAUUGUAUGAUAGUGGUUUUCUUUAUUAUGAAUUCGUUAAAAAUUUUGAAACUUUCAAACAAAAUCAACUCAACCCUGCCACAGUGGCUCCUACACUAUUGUCACCAAUUGUAAAUGUUGGUGAUACAAGAAACGUAAAUUUCAACUUGAAGCCUACUUCCACAAACAAUCCAUUAUCCCCCGUUUCCAAUUAUGAAACCCCUAUGCUGAUGCCGCAUAACAUGUUUUCAUCACCAUCCUAUCAAAGUAACUCAAGGUCCGACUUUUCUGGUAUGAAUAGUUAUUAUAACUAUUACAACUAUAAUCAACCAAGACUAAAUUACUAUCAACAAUUUCCCCAUAUAUAUUCUUCACCUAUUUCAGAAACUCAGUUUGAUUAUGAUUUCUAUAAUUUUAGUAAUCAGCAACAACAUCAACAACAACAAAAACAAAAACAAAACUCAUUUUUACCUCCUCCUCAUGUUCACCAGCCUUACGGCCAUCACUUUGGCUGGAAAUCAAUGGAUGACACCAUGAAUCAUCCAAGAUUUGAGCGAAACUACUUUCCGUACUCGGCAGUGUAUUAA